UUAUGCAGUAUUAUGCAGUAUUAUGCGAUAUUACGUUGGUAUGACCAUCGACAGAAAAAAUAUGUAUUUGUUAUAUAGAGAGGAUGUCGGAUAAUGCGGUUUCAUUUGUCGGGUCCAUUUGGUUGGAGAAGUAUGACUGAACGUCUGUCGGCUUUUUAUGUCGAUAAAGUAUGAAGGUUGUUAGUUAUGUUGUACGUCGUGUGUCGGGACCACUUAGCCCGGUGCUAAAUGAAGUCGUUGCCGAGAAAAUUAACAAGGAACAGUUGUUAGUUGAAUUGCCAGUAGUUGGUAGUGGUUUGUGUUUUAACGCUCCAAAAAUAUUUGCCUAAGCUAGGAUCAAGGAAAAUAUUCAGGACAUCCAACUGUGUGCACAGCAUCCAGCAAGGUGAUGCGUUUGCCAUGCUGCAAGCUGUGAAGUCUUUGUUCUUGAGCUCCAAUAAUCCUAGAGAAGAAAGUCGAGCUGGUAGCAAGAGACGAUAUCACGAAAACUCUUUUGACUCUCUAACCCCAUUACACAAACGCAAAAGAUCCGAAAUUACUCAUGUGGCUCCCACUUUAAGCUUUUUUGAGAAAUGGAAUGUUGGUAAAAUAUUUAAGUAUAUUACUACUGGCAAGACUGAAGUAGAGGAAGAAAUGUCUACUAUGCAUUUGUACAAAAGAGACUCAGUCGGCCAAUCAGCUUGUCGAAUUAAUACAAAAACUAGACAUAUUUUGUCUGCUACUAAAAAAAAGGACUCAGCUCGAAAACCGUUGCUGCAAAUAUCAAAUGCGGCAGUAUUGGAUUUGACUAAUAUAGACAGUGAAGGACUGAACAAUGAUUCACAAGCGGUACCAACAGUUGUAGACUUGACUAAAACCUCAGAUUCAACAUCUAGUACGAACACUACCUCGUUGACAAUAAAAAAUCGUGUCGGUUCUUUGGCACGUCAAAAAAGUGUCGGUGUUUUGAAGGAAAACGUACGUUUAGACGAGAGAAGGAGAUAUAAGGAGUUGUUGGCACAAUUCACCACUACUUAUCUACCGGAAUAUUCAAAAUCAAUCUCUCCUCCCAGCUAUGCUAAACAGGAAGGUACUGCCAGGACAUUUUUUGUUCAAGACAAAUAUUUUGCAAAGAAAGCUCCUUUAAUCGAUUUAACAAAGGAGGAAAAGGCUGCAAAGCCUCGUCGUAGAUUUUACCACGAAAUUUUGCAAGAAUCGAGAAGCUCUUCAUCUAUUUUAGAGUAUAGUAGGUUAGAAGAUAUCUCGACGGCUUCUAACUUUUCAAAAUCGUCAACAACGUGCACUCAAAAUUCACGCAGUGAUGCGCUCUGUACUAAAGACUGGAUAACAAAAUGGAGAAACACACUCGACCCUAUUCAACUUGAACGUGAGAGACAAAUCUGGGAGCAGGAACGGAAGAAAGAAGCGUUGAAGAAGAAAGAGAAGGACGAGAUCAAAAAGUAUGAAAAAAAAUCGGAAGCUGUCGAGUUGGUAGCAUUGACAGAUGACAUGUUGGCUGUUGUCAACAAUGCAUUGACUCAGAGAAGUCCAAAUGAAGUGCUGGUAAAAGGUUUUAACGCUGAGAUUAGAGGGUCCGACAUUGCAACGUUAAGAAAUGCUACAUGGCUGAAUGACGAAGUUGUAAAUUUUUAUUUCAAUCUUAUCAAGGAAAGAAGUGAAAACAACAAGGAGCUUCCCAAAGUUCACGUCUUUAACACUUUCUUUUAUCCGAAAAUUAUGAAAGUUGGUCAUUCUGGCGUGAAACGGUGGACUCGAAAAGUUGAUGUAUUUUCAUUUGAUCUUCUCCUCAUACCAGUUCACUUAGGGAUGCAUUGGUGUUUAGCUGUGAUAGAUUUGAAACACAAACAGAUUGUGUAUUACGAUUCGUUGAAAGGUAACAACUUGCCUUGUAUCAACGCAUUAAGAGAUUAUUUGCGAGCCGAAUCAUUGGAUAAAAAGAAAACAGAGUUCGAUUUGUCUGGUUGGACCGAAGUCAUGCCGAAAGACAUCCCUGAACAAAUGAACGGAUGUGAUUGUGGGAUGUUUAUGUGCAGAUACGCAGAAUACAAAAGCAGGGCUGCGGAAUUCACUUUUUCUCAAACUCAUAUGCCUUACUUUAGAAAAAGGACGAUUUAUGAAAUUUUAAACAAGAAGCUAUUGUAACUGGCCCAUAGUAGAGAUCAAUGAAAAGAUUCUGCUCCGAAUGCAUGCUCGAGUACAGUUGUUUUCCACUGACAUUACCUCAAUUAUAAUUUUCAGCUUGUUUUUCUUACUCCUCUAAUAUAUCUAAUCUUGUUUAUAUUGUUUACGUAUAAAAAUAUCUUAUUUUUAGCUUCAGUUUCAAAAGUAAAAUAAUUUAUAGGUGUGACAUGUAAUUUUCCUUGUAAUUUCUGAAAAUAUUUUUACGUGUUUUGGAAUACAUCUUAACAUUUUAAA